AUGCCGUCAGCCGCCAUACCUGACCAACUCAAAAUCGGCAUUGUGGGUGCUGGUCCUGCCUCUCUAACCCUCGCCAACAUCCUCCAAAAGCACCUCAUCCCCUUCAGCAUCUUCGAAUCCUCGCCUGAACUCCGCACACAAGGCGGCUCGCUAGACCUCCACCCCGAGUCCGGCCAAUUCGCCAUCAAAGAAGCAGGGCUAUGGGAGCAAUUUGUUAAACAUGCGCGUCCAGAAUGUGACGUGAUGAAGAUUGUGACUUUGAACGGAGAGGUGCUCUGGGAUGAGAAUGGAGAUGACAAGCAGGACGUCAAGGAGGAGGAAAAGUUUGACGGAAGACCUGAGAUUGAUCGAAUGGCAUUGGCGACGUUGAUGUUUGGGAAUCUAAAGGAGGGGUCUGUGAAGUUUGGAAGGAAGCUAAAAGAGGCUGUGCCGUCUGCUGAAGGAGAAGGGAAGUACGAUUUGCAUUUCGCAGAUGGUACGAAAGAGCUUGGGUUCGAUCUUGUGGUUGGAGGAGACGGUGCGUGGUCCAAGGUACGGAAGCUUCUCACUGAUAAGAUGCCGGACUAUUCGGGCAUAUCGUCUGUGGCAUUAACGUGCAACGACGUCAAGGCCAAUCCCUGGCUACUAAAAUAUGCGGGAGAAGGGUCGAUGAUGGCUUUUGGUAAGGACUGCGCGGUGCAGUCUCAACGGCAGGGCGACGGUAGCUUACGGACCUACGCCUCGUUGCGUGUGCCAGAGGACUUCCUGGAAACCUGCGGCAUCGACUGGAAUGACCGGGAGAGAGCACUCAAGACGUACGUUGACCGCUACUUCUCCCACAUACACGAUGACCUCAAGCGGGUCAUCUUUUCCUCUACAGAAAGCCCAGUCGCUCGUGCUUUGUACGAACUACCUGUCGGUUUCCGAUGGUCUCCUCGCUCAGGCGUCACCCUCAUCGGGGACGCUGCGCAUGUGUUUACACCAUUUGCCGGCGAAGGAGUCAAUGUGGGUAUGAAGGAUGCGCAGGUUCUGGCUCAAGAGAUUGCCAAAGUAUGCCGUAGGGAGAAGAGUCUUGAUGACGGUUUGAAGGACUAUGAGGAAGAGAUGUUCCCACGCUCGACGAAGGCGGCAAUCAAGACAGCUAAAGGAAAGGAAGGACACUUCAGUGAAUACGGAAGUCAGCAUUUUGCGGAUAUGAUGAAGGCGCACUACUACGGGCAACAACAGGAUAAUAGCCGGUAA